AAGGAAUCGAGGCUAGAGCCCAGCUAGGGUCAACGCAGGGACAUUUCAGACUCGCGCGACACGCUUCCCUCUGACGACCCUCAGAGCAGUCGCGCCCUGCCCCACGCCCUCUUCAACCACGCACGCAAACUAGUAAAAGCGGGAGGGACUCUCGCCAUCGGUGACGUGACGGACACUCGUCCACACCCUCCGGGCGGUCGGUGAGCGGCUCCUCUGGCCGUCAACGCGCCAGAAGAGCUGCGGGCGAGGGCCGCGGGAGAGCGAUCAGUAGCGGCGCCCUGACCCGAAACAGCGAGCAGCCGCCGACGAGCUCGCCUCCUUCGAAGAUGGAGAGCAAGCCCCUCUUUCCCGGGCGGUGUGCUGGCCGCUGAGGCAGGUCCGCUCCAGUCUCGAUGCACCUCCAUGCCGGCGCACCACCGGAUCUGCUGCGUCUGGAUCCUCGUGUCGCUCUUGACCGUCGCACAGGCCACCGACACUGCUGAGGCCGUCGCGUGGGACGACGAGCCGAGUCCCUUCCGGGUCUGGGCCGCCGUGACUUCGUCGCUGGCUCGCUGGGCUUCGGCGGGCGGCCGCAGGCGUCGGAGCUCGGGCCAGACGCCGCCGGAGUCCAGGGCUGUCUGCUACGGAGCCCUGGGCUGUUACCGGGACGAGCAGGGCCAGCUGAACGCGCUGCCCGAAGACCCGGGCUCCAUCGGGACCCGCUUCUACCUCACCACUCGCAGGAGCAGGGAACCCAGGUUACUGGCGGACGCGGCUCCGUCGGGCUUUGACGCGACCAAGCCGGUCAAGCUCGUCAUCCACGGCUUCGGCAGCAGCGGAAAGAGGUCCUGGGUUCGACGCAUGGUGGAUGCACUGCUGGCAGCCGGUGACUUCAACGUGCUGGUGGUGGACUGGGAAAAGGGGGCCACGCUGCCCAACUACGUGCAGGCGGCGGCCAACGCCAGGCUGGUGGGCCGACAGGUGGCGCAGGCCAUCCGGGGCCUCAUGCGCCUCGGUGCCAGACCCAAGGACUUCCACCUGGUGGGCUUCUCGCUCGGAGCCCACGUGGCCGGCUUCGCCGGUUCCGAACUCGCCAACAUCUCCCGCAUCACCGGGCUGGACCCGGCGGCGCCCUUGUUCGAGGGCUACGAGGCGUCGGCGAGGCUAGACCCUUCGGACGCGCUCCUGGUGGACGUGAUCCACUCGAAUGGCGACAGCUUCCUCAGGGGAGGUCUCGGGGCCUUCGAGCCCCUGGGACAUAUCGACUACUACCCCAACGGCGGCAAGGCCCAGCUAGGCUGCAACAGCGUCUUUGUCGGGGCGCUCAGCGACAUCUUCUGGGGCCACUGGCAAAGCCUGUGCCACCACCGGCGCGCCCUGCAGCUGUUCAUCGAGUCGGCGAGUCCCCGCUGCCCGUUCCCGGCCUUCUCGUGCGAGAGCUACGAGAGCUUCCUGACGGGCGACUGCUUCCCCUGCGAGAGGCCCUCCGAGUGCAGCUACAUGGGUUACUUCUCAGACAGGUCCAAGGCCCGCGGCAAGAUGUUCCUCAUGACGCGUCAGGAACCGCCCUUCUGCGCCAACCAGUACAAGAUCAUUGUGAACAGCUCUGCGGGGCUGGAUCCUACGUGGGGAAAGCUAGAGCUGGUGCUGUACGCCGAGUCAGGGGCCAACGAGUCUUUCAGCAUCACCAGUGAUGCCCAGGAGCUGCGAGGUGGCCAGGCCUCCAAGGCGCUGGUGGCGGCUCACCCUGCCGUGGUGAACAUCACCCGUGCGGUGAUCAAGUACACAAAGUAUCGAGGCUGGAUCUACGAAGGCAAAGACGCCUGGUUCCUCGACAAGGUCUCUGUGCUCGACAGCUUCGGUUAUACGGUGUCCUUCUGCGGGCUCCGCACUCGGCUGCCGGACGGCCGGCCAGUCAAGCUGCGGGUCCAACCGGAGGACUGCCAGCCGGAGCCCCUGACCCAGCGGGUGGCCCGCCUCGUCUGGCAGGUGGUGGGCCAACCGGUGCUCGGAACUCGGCCCCGCCCACCACGACUCGUCUGGACGCUCCAACUGGACAACGCCGGGCGGCCCACCGCCCAGCUAUUGGCCCACUGAUGCUCUCGGGAGGUGGCGCUUCAACUUACGCAGUAGUCACCACGACCUUCUCAAGGUCGUGGCCAUCGACCCGGUUACACAGGGCAGACGCCGUUGUCGGCCUCAGGGUCAAACUCUUCCGUUUGUGGCCAGUACAGUGCAUCCUGUCCGCCAGAGAUCCACAGCUUUGGGAAGGGGAGGUAACGGAGUAGGGUAGGAGGGUAUGUCACCUAUGCACUUUUACGGCGCUUAUCAUUCGCGUGACUCAGAAAAAAUGCUGAGUCAUGCGAAUCUUGAGUUGGCAGUGAGUGUGGGCGUUUCUAUUGGCGCUUUUCAACCAGGAGAACUCUCAAAGAGCUCACCGACCUUAUCCGCCUCUCUGUUUUCUCGGACCGUUUAAAAAAACACAACUUUCCACCGGAAACAAAACAAAAAAUGAAAGACGUUUACACAUCUCUGUAAUGCGAAAUUAGAGAGCAGCUCUCGAGAAGGAGAAGGGGAGGGUAUGCCCUUCCUCCUCCCGCUGAAUUCGUCCAUGGGUGACGUGACAUGAAGUCAGGUGACGUCAUUUUCCCUGCUAAAUUUAGUGGGGAAAGUGAAUUGGUGUUGAGGUCACCUGAGGUCAACUUCCCAGCUAAAUUUAGUGGGGAAAUUUUUCUGCUAAUUUUUGGCGGAAAAAUUAUCCCGUUAAAUUUAGCGGGUCAAGUUUCCCCACUAAAUUUAGCGGGGAAAUUGACCUCACGUGACCUCAACACCAAUGCACUUUCCCCACUAAAUUUAGCAGGGAACCUGCGACAUCCCAUAAUCCAAUGCCACGGCUACGCUGACGGUGACGCCACUCAAUCCAGAAACGGGCGCCUAAGAGCUGCGCUCUAAAACAGAUAGGGUAUUCAAAGAAUCGGUUUGCAUAAUCUACGAGCUCGGUAACAAAUAAAUUCCCUACAAGAAAAAAAAAAAA